AUGCUGCUUUCAAGUUUGUUUACUGUGUUGACUGGGACUGCAACGCUCGUUCUCUGCCAGGCUACGAACAAAACUGCCAUCCGCCCGAACCCUCCACAUGGACAUUGGGUGGAUGCGUGGGCUAGUAUGCCGCAGCUCACAGAGCCUGCUAACCUGCCUCCUGCACCCUUCAAUCAAACUGGUGCGAUUUUCGUCAAUUCCACUAUUCGGCAGACUUUAUACAUGACUACGGACGCUUCGCAGAUACGCAUCAAAUUAUCGAAUGUUUUUGGAGGCUCCAAUCUACCUGUCACGGCAGUCACGAUUGCUUUGCCAGCCAACAACACAGCUGGUAUCCAUCAAAUCCAGGCCAAGACGCUCCAGAAAGUCACAUUCUCAGGCAAAGAUUCCAUCAGCAUCCCUAACGGUGCACUGGCUGCCUCUGACCCCCUCGACUUCCCUGUCAAAGCCCAGCAAGUCAUCACUGUAACCGUUUACCUCGCCACAGGGCAGACGACAAACUCCAUCACCAGCCACCCUGGAAGCAGGACGACCAGCUGGUGGCAAUUCGGCAACGCCGUUGGCGCAGGAGCACUCGAUAUCACAGACCCGACUACCCAGUCUGCAGCGCACUGGUAUUUUCUAUCCAGCGUUGAGGCUUGGGUGCCGAAAGGCACAGGCAGUCUGCUCAUCGUGGGUGACUCCAUCACCGAUGGCCGUGGCUCAGAAACAAACAAAAACAACCGCUGGCCAGAUCUUCUUCUCGCUCGCCUUCAGAAAACUUUGGCUACCAAACACAUAUCCAUUGGCAACCUUGCUGCUGGCGGCAAUCGCAUUCUAGCUGACGGUCUGGGUCCGAAUGCUUUGGGACGCAUUGAUCGUGACGUGCUUGCUCACCCAGGUGUAAAGUACGCAAUGAUCUUCGAAGGCGUGAACGACCUCGGUGGCGCUGCAGCCACUGCUGAUGCUCAGAGCGCAGUGUACGAUUCGCUGGUUCAAGCUUACAAGCAGAUGGCAGCCUUGAUUCAUGCGCACGGUAUCCCGGUGUUUGCCGCUACCAUCACUCCAUUCUCUGCCCCAAGCAACUUCACUGGACAGCCGUACUCGAGUCCUGUCCGAGAAGCCACAAGGCAGAAGAUCAACGACUUCAUUCGCAAUUCGGGGACAUUUGACGCCGUCGCCGAUUUCGACAAGUUUCUUGCAGACCCUAACAUUCCAAGUCAGCUUGCUGCUCAAUACGACUCUGGUGAUUACUUGCACCCUGGAGUUCCAGGAUAUCAGCACCUGGCAGAUGAGUUCCCUGUGAAGAUAUUCGGAGAGUGGGAAGGAGGUGUCAGUGGGUUUGCGUAG